AUGGGUCUAAACAUUCGAGUCGAGAGUGAGAGCAUCACCCACUUAUCAAAAGAACUUCGCUAUCGCGUCUGGUGGGCACUAUUUAUGUUGGGUAUUGUGCUUUGUGAGAUGACAGGCCGUCCACCUGGCACGGGGGACAUAUUUUGCUCUACGCCCUUUCCUUUGCCUUUUGCAGAGGAAACUUUCUGGGACAAGCGUGUUGUGCAAAUGAUAACCGAACAACGGACUCGAAAUGCCUAUUUCUCCCCUUUGAUUUUCGAUACCACGCCGGCUGUACAAAAAGAGAGUAAGACUCUAGGAACACCGGAGCAGUAUGAGUCGGGCAAGGGAAAACAAAAAGAAAGGGCCAUUCAGGUUGGGCCAGAGAAUAUGACACCGAACUCCUCUCUGUACUUUCUAUACGCAGUGGACCUAGCUCAUCUCUCGCGGGAGGCUAUUAACACUCUGUAUGCUCCUAAAGCAAGGCGACAAUCAUGGCACGAUAUCGAAAUUGCGGUUUGCACGCUAAACAACCAUGCAGACAACUGGUUUUCUCGUCUUCCGAUCCAAUUUGAUUUCACAAAGCUAGACACAAAUCAACAAUUUCCACGGCAGCGUACUAGUCUUGCUUUCCGAUUCUACGCCACAAAACUGAUAAUAUUGCAGCCCUGUAUCCGCUGUUCCUUUCAACCGUCUGAGGCAAGCUCACCGGGAACGGUGUGUGACCAGAUGGCAAGCUUGUGCGUUCAGAUGGCAGGUCAGAUGCUCGACCUGUUACCCGAGGAGCCGGACUUUACUUGGCUGUAUGGUGUCGCUCCGUGGUGGUGUAUCCUGCACAACAUCAUACAGUCGACUACCAUUCUCCUCACCGAGCUGCUCACUCGCACUCAUACAGGUACGGCCAAGGCUGUUGAUAUCAGUAAGAAAAUCAACAAAGCAACUCGCUGGUUGAAAGAUAUAUCGACCAAAGACCUUUCUUCGCAGCGAGCCUGGCUUGUCUGCAUGGACCUUCUUUCACGACAUGGUUCGAAAUUUGGGAUUUGUGAGAACACCGAACUCUAG